CUUCCAACACUAAUUCAGCUGCAACUGCUGUUUUUCCUAUCAUUAAUAGUAUAGAACUCCAUGUUUUCAACUACAAACAACCCAACCUACAAGACUUAUUAAUAUAUCUAUUUAGAGAGAGAAAGAGGAGAGAGAGAGAGAGAUUUGUGGCCGGUGGAUGAAGGAAUUCUUGUGACAACUUGUGUUCUGUGCCAAACACUGCAGCUCAGAUGCCGGAGAAAGCAGCAAACUUUGCAUGGUCAAACCCCAGAGUUCAUCAAUGGUUCAAGAUUCUUACAAUAGCUGUGUUUCUUGGAAUCUUGAUUCUCUGUGGUAGUGAUGGUUUGAGUUUCCACACAGAUUUCCCUUUGUCUGAAUUUACAAUCUUGCCACAAGUACAACAACCCAGCUCUCAAGAUUUGAACUUUGGCAACAUUUCUGCUCAAUUCCAGAUCAAGAAUUCAAACCACACCCACCAAAAUUCAUCCAAAACCCACCAAAAUCCAAGCCCUAAUUUUAGCCCUAACCCACUCAAUUUGUCCAAAACCCCGAAAAAAGAAAAUCCCAGGUUUAAUCUUUCUUGGGUUUCACCUGAGUUGGAGGUAAACUAUUCAUCCAAUCUUCUUACAAAGUGGCUAACUCCAGGUGGUGUUCCUUGUAAAGAUUCAAGAACUGUUGAUAUAAAAAUCCAAUCUUUAGAUAGUGAUAGUGACAGCACAAUCGAAUUAUCCGCCGGUGAAGUUCACGAGUUUGUUUUUCAGGCAAUAGAUGGUUCAGGGGAGCCACAUUGUCUAGGUGGGGAUUAUUUCGAAACUGAUCUUUCCGGCGGAAAUUGGAAAUCGAGGCCUCCGAUUAAAGACUUCGGAAACGGGACGUACGUGGUCUCUCUCCAAAUCCACCCCGAUUUCGCCGGAAAUUACAAUUUCACCAUCAUCCUAUUGUACCGCCACUUCGAAGGGCUCAAAUUCUCGCCCGCAAGAUUCGUCUUUGAUAAAGUCCUCCGUGUAAUCCCGAUCAAGUUCGUCAACUCAAAUUCAAACUCCCACUUGCCCGAAGUGGAACAAUGCAAGAAGUUCGAUUUCACUAAGGAUGUUUGGUCCGGAAGAUGGACACGUCACGCAAGAAACGAGAACUGCCGCAUCAGCAACGACGGGCGAUACAGAUGUCAAAAACCGAGCUUUCCUUGUGUGCAUCCAUGGUGCAGUGGUCCAUUAGGGUUACUAGAGAGUAACGGGUGGGUAUAUUCCACCCAUUGCUCGUUCAAAUUGUACUCGAGCGAAGAAGCAUGGAAUUCUUUAAACAACCGUUGGAUUUUUUGGUGGGGAGAUUCGAAUCAUUGUGACACGAUUCGAAACAUCCUCCACUUCGUUUUGGACGUGCAGAGUAUUCCUAUAGUUCCGAGAAUAUUCGAUAUGAAUAUCACAAAUCCGAAAAACCCAUCUCAGAAAGUCCGAUUCACCAGCAUUUUCAACGGUCAUUCGAACCAUACGGGAAAUUAUCAAGGCUUGGAUUCCUUAUCCAAUCCAAACUACAGAGAGCUAUUGAAGAGCUACUUUACGGACACCAAUGUCGUACCCGAUACUAUGAUUAUGAACUCGGGUUUGCAUGAUGGGGUCCACUGGCCGAAUAUCCGACAGUUCAUUAAAGGGGCGGACUUUGCAGCUUCGUUUUGGGGAGAUGUAAUGAAAGGGGUGAGGGAGAGGGGGUUUUCACCCCCGGUGGUUAUAUACCGUACAACUGUGGCAACGGGUGGGUAUGCUCGUUCGAUGGCGUUUAAUCCACAAAAGAUGGAGGUUUUUAACGGGGUGUUGUUGGAUAAGAUGAAGGAGUAUCGAGUUCUUGAUCGAGUUGUGGAUGAUUUCGAUAUGACUUAUCCAUGGCAUUACGAUAAUCGGUGUAAUGACGGAGUCCACUAUGGGCGGGCCCCUUUGAAGGCGAAGUGGAGGGAUGGGCAAAUCGGGCAUCAAUAUUUCGUUGAUCUUAUGUUAGGUCAUGUGUUGAUUAGCGCUAUGAGCCCGUGAUCGGAUUCGAGGUAACGUGAUUGGAUCGAAAUUUUUGAAUGAUUAGAAGAUGGCCAAUGUUUUUUUUUUUUUUGAGAGAUACUAUAUAUAGUUAGGGGGUGAUGGAUGUAUUAUUUAACAUGCAUAUAUUGUAUGCAUUAUUUUUUAUUUAUUUUUUGCAGCUUAAUGCUGUAGUUUAUAUGGAGUUUUGGUUUUUGAUUUUGUUUGAAUCACAUUUUACAGCAAUAUAUAAUCAUAUAAACUUUAUUU